AUGGAUGAUGUUAAUGGGACAGCAGUGACUGAGUUUAUUUUGUUGGGAUUCUCAUAUUUGGGGGCAUACCAGAGUGCCCUCUUUUGGGGAGUGCUCUUUGUGUACUUGGUCACCUUGCUGGGCAACUCCCUGAUCAUCACCCUUACCCUGCUGGACCCAGCCCUGACCACUCCCAUGUACUUCUUCCUUCGACAUCUCUCUUUGAUAGAGAUUCUCUAUACUACGACUAUUGUGCCUAGGAUGUUGACUGACCUCCUGUCCUCACAUCCUGCCAUCUCUCCUGCCAGCUGCUUCACCCAGAUGUAUUUCUUUGCCCUCUUUGGUGUUGCUGAAUGCUGCCUACUUACUGCCAUGGCCUAUGAUCGUUAUGCUGCCAUUUGUCAGCCCCUGCAUUAUGCCAUGCUGAUGAAGCAGCAGGUGUGUGUGGGGAUGGUGGGUGCUUCCUAUCUAAUGGGCAUCAUCACAGGCACCACCCACUCCAUCUUCAUCUUUACCUUGCCUUUCCAUGGCACUAACAUUGUUCAUCACUUCCUAUGUGACGUGUUACCUGUUUUGAGACUGACAAGUGGAGACACACACUGGGGUGAGGUUGGGGUUCUUGCUGUGACCCUGCUGUUUAUCAUGACUCCCUUUGCACUGAUUCUGUUUUCCUAUGUUCGCAUCCUCAUUACCAUCCUUGGGGUAGCUUCUGCUCAGGGCCGCCAAAAAGUGUUCUCUACUUGCUCUUCCCACCUACUGGUUGUCACACUCUUCUUUGGGACUGCAACUCUUGCCUACAUGAAACCUGGAGCCAAUGCUACUCAGGACACAGACCAAAUCCUCUCCUUUUUCUACACAGUUGUCACUCCUAUGCUCAACCCUUUUAUCUAUACUUUGAGGAACAAGGAGGUGAUGGGAGCCCUGAGGCGCAAGAUAACAAAACAGCUUUGAAGUCCUUGCCUGGUCCAGUGGUUU